CGGGGCCUCGGGCGGUGUCCCGCGGGCCUCUGGGAACCUCGGCGUCCCUCUUGCUCCCGGCUAGCGGGCGCAGCGAGGGGCCGGUCCGGGGUGUGCGGGCUGGGCCGCAGGAAAAGGAACUACUUAUCACCAGGGAGCCGGAGUUCAUUGAGGCUGUGUGUGCAUGUGAAGCUUCAUAGAGCAGAGGAAAGACUUAUUUUCCCUUCUUGGGAUGUUGACAGAUAUCUGGAAGAGAGGACCUGGGGUCAUACCAGGUUUGAAGUUGCAUUAAUUAGUCGAAUCCUUUGGACUUCCCAGAGUAUUUCGGGGACCCCACUGUUGUACAAAGCACGGUGCUGCUUGCUGCUCUGCGGGGUGGCUGCGCAGUGAUUAGCUGCCGGGCUGCCUGAUGUCAUGUGGCCUGUGCUUUGGAGCGUGGUGCGAACCUAUGCCCCCUAUGUCACCUUCCCUGUGGCCUUUGUGGUCGGGGCUGUGGGCUACCACUUGGAAUGGUUCAUCAGGGGAAAGGCUCCUCAGCCCGUGGAGGAGGAAAAGAGCAUCUUGGAGCGCCGAGAGGACCGAAAACUGGAUGAGAUGCUAGGCAAGGACCACACCCAGGUGGUGAGCCUUAAGGACAAGCUAGAGUUUGCCCCUAAAGCAGUCCUGAACAGAAACCGUCCGGAGAAGAAUUAACGGAGGGCCCAGGUCCCUGUGGUGCACAGGGACAUGCCAUGUCCUGCCACCAUGUCCUGCCACCAUGUCGACCCAGCUUCAGAACACAUCCGAUUUGCUUCGCUGCUCACUCUGGCCCCUUGUGUACCCACAGCCAAACGUGCCGGCUGCUCCUUUAUGGCUGUGCAGCUGCAGCAGUAGGGCCAGCAAAGAGGAAGACUGCAUCUACUGAAUGGCUCUCUCCAUGGCUGGGCAGGCUUCUGACAGAACCUGGGAGCCCUGCAGGGAGGAGCCCUGGGGAAUGACCCAUGGUCUCAGGCUCUCGGGCAGGGCCUUGGCCUCCACUGGGAAUGGUCGGGGUUUACCGUUGCCAUUAGGAGGGGCACCUCCAUGUCUAGGUCUGGUAUUUGCACUGGAAAGCAUUCAGAGAUGUCCCUGGCUCCCUGGAUGAGUUUUCCUUAUUUUUCCGGUGUGUACUCUUCCCCUUGUUGGCUCUGGUGUGCGAUUCUCAGGGGAGUAAGGCACGUCUCCAUUGCCGGGAGUGCAGGCUGUUUACCUCGAGCCAGCAGUGGGGGGGAAGGGGGGGGGCGGAAGCCGGAAACAGUCACUGUCUUCCACCUCCUCCCAGGAGUGAGGACUCAAUUAAAGUGGCACCUGACACAUA